AUGAUCUUACAAUGGAACGUAUGCAAAUUAAAAACGCAUAAAAGGUGCGCUGCUCGUGCACCAAAAAAUUGUAAAUGGACAAUGCUGCCAUUGAUUGGAACAAAUGUCAUACAAAAUGAUGAUGGAACUCUUAGUAUGCCACAUCAGUGGUUAGAAGGGAAUCUUCCAUUGAAUGCCAAAUGUAUCUACUGUGACAAAGCAUGUGGGAGUCUGUUACGUUUACAAGAUUUCAAAUGUCUUUGGUGUAAAGUAACAAUUCAUCAACAUUGUCGUGAAUACUAUUUUAAAACAUGUACAUUGGGUAUAAGCCGUUUAAGUGUGUUAUCACCAAUGUGCAUUCAGUGUAUUGAUCCAGAUGGAUUUGUUCGUGCCAGACGCACUGAAGGAAGUCCACUUUUAGUAUUUGUCAAUUCAAAAAGUGGAGAUAAUCAGGGUGUUAAAUUUUUGAGAAAAUUUAAACAAUUGUUAAAUCCAGCGCAAGUAUUUGAUUUGAUGAAUGGUGGUCCUGAAACAGGAUUUCGAAUGUUUGAAGAAUGCGAUUGUUUCCGUAUUUUGGUAUGCGGUGGCGAUGGAUCAGUUGGAUGGGUGCUACGGCAAUUGGAUAAAACAAAUGUCCAUAAGAAUUGUCGAAUAGGUGUUCUACCAUUAGGAACAGGCAAUGAUUUGGCUAGAGUUUUUGGAUGGGGAUCUGUACUCGAUGAUGAAAAUCAAUUACCAAAAUUACUUGAUGCGUUUGAACAUGCAACAACAAAAAUGUUAGACAGAUGGAGUAUCUUGAUACACGAAAAACCGCUUACAUGUAAAAGACGAGAUUCAGAAGAAAAUAUAUUUGCAGUGCAUGACCUGAUAUCACAUCAUAUUGGAAGAAUACUUCAGUCAGAUAAAUCGUCCGAGGUUAUUUUUGCCUCAAGUGUUGUUACGAGCGAGAUUAAUCAAUUAAUUUCUCGUUUCAAAAAUAGUAAAGAAAUGUCAGAUAAUGGUUAUAUGAAAAAGUGUGGACAACUCAAAGUCAAAUUAGAUUCAUUUAUAUCAACAUUAAAACAUAGUUUAAAAAAUUUUGACAAUUUAACGCCGACAAGAAUUUUUCAUCGUCGUAAACAAAUUUGUCAUCGUGCUAAUAGUUUACAACGAGCGUUAAAACAAGUUCUUGAUUUAACACAAACAGUUAAUCAAUCUAAUAGAAAAUUUGAAAAUUAUUCAAGCAUACCUACAAAAAUAGAAUUACCAUUUACUCGAAAAAAAUCUAAAGAUGAAUUAAUUACUCUUCGUGAAAUUUUGCCAGCAAAAAUUAGGGAUAUUUCUGAACAAAGAAGUACGGUUCAUCCUGGAGUUAGAUCAUCAUCAUGUACAAUUCUCGAUUCAACAUUAAACGAAUCAAUAUCAUCUGAAUUGAAUGAUUAUCACCAAUCAACUAAUAUACCACCGUUAGCCUCGGAAGAACCUUCUAUUGUAUCAAGUCCAAGUAUAUCAGUUCGAUCGCCAACAGUACCAUUAUUAAAAAACUUAGAAGAAUCUGAUGAAAUAUGUUUUUUGAAUAAUAAUCAAACACCUAAUAAUGAUGAUCAUAGUACUACAAUAGAAAAUCUAUCUAAUCAGCAAAUAUCUCUUAAUCAAAAUACAAAUAAAAAUUUAUUAUUGGCUGAACAACAAUUUUGUAUUCCUUCCAUUAGUAUUUCUGGUAAUAGUUCACAUUCUAGUAAUGAUGAUGAAACAUCAUCCGAUUCAUCCUUAUCAUUCUGUGGUAAAAAAUUAUUAAAUGUUAAUAGUAGUGAAAUUGGAUCAUCGUAUGAAAGUUUAGAAGAUACUAGUAUACAAAAAAAGCCUUUAUUAACAACACAUAGUACCGGUUAUUCAAUGUUUGAAAAUGACUCAAAUGGUCGUAGAAGAGGAUUAAGUUCAUUUGCAUCUAAUAUUCGUUCUCGUAGUCGUUCACCUUCGAAAGAAAGUGGUAGAGGUAGCGCUGGUUCACGAAGUUCAUCAGCAUCAAAAUUAUUUUCAUAUUUUUCAUCAUCACCAUCACGAAGUUUUAUUGGUCAAGCACUAUUAGCAUCAUCUGAUUUAUUUGGAGCAUUGAUUACUCUACCAACAUAUGAAAAUAUACCAAUUGAAUAUUUUACGGAAAAAGUUAUUAUGAAUAAUUAUUUUGGAAUUGGUUUAGAUGCUAAAGUUUGCCUUGAUUUUCAUUUAAAACGAGAAGAACAUCCGGAACAAUGUAGAAGUCGAUUAAAAAAUCAAAUGUGGUUUGGAUGGAUAGGUGGACGUGAAUUUUUAAAACGUUCAUGUCAAAAUUUAGAAGAACGUGUGAUUCUUCUUUGUGAUGAAACACGAAUACCGUUGAAAAAUGUUCAUGGUACUUUAGUAAAAUGUCUAUAUGUGUUUGUUACAUUUGUUACACCAUCAUUUGAUGAUAAACUAUUGGAAGUUGUUGCCGUAACAGGAUGUAUUCAUUUAGCUGUUUCACGUGUAAUGAAUAUUCGAAGUAAUCGAAUAGCUCAAUGUCGAAUAGUUAGAAUUAUAAUACAAGGUGAAUCAAGUAUUCCUGUUCAAGUUGAUGGUGAGGCAUGGUUACAAAGUCCAGGACAAAUUCAAAUUGUUCAUAAAAAUCGUGCACAAAUGUUAUCCCGUGAUAAGGCAUUUGAAAAUACACUGAAAGAAUGGUCUACAAUAAAACAAGAAACACAUGGUAUUUGGUUGACAAAAGAUGAAAGUACAAAUAUUGGCUUACUAAUUGAAACAGCCGUAGUACUCAUUAAAAGGUACAUAAUACGAAUCGUCAUUCAAACGUUUAAUAUUUAUCUAUUUAUUUAUUUAUUUUUAAUUUAUAGAGUUAAAACAAUUGCACUAAAAUUUCCAUUAUUUGAAACAGAACUUCAUGAUUAUGCUAAACAAGCUUCAACACAUUUAGAACAGAUUUAUGGAGGUGAAAAACUGCUCGAUCCUUGUAUACGACAGAAAGCAUCGGAUUUCAUUAACAGUAUACAAACAUUAAAUCAAGAAACAGCUCUAUUUCUAACAGAAAAGAGAACAUCAGCCGAUUUUGCCAUAGACCGCGAAACUUUGACUAAACUCAAACAUGUCAUCAAUGAUAUGACUGAAAAAUUACGAAUAAUAACGAAAAGCAGUGAUGGAAAAAUUAUUAGAAGAGAAAAUGAAGAUGAGGAUGAUACCGAUUUUGCUCAUAGACGAUGGCAACAGCCAAAAUUUAACUUGGUAUCAAAAAUUAAACGCUCAAAAGCAAAACAUAAAGAUGACCGAGAUCUUUUAAAAGCACUAUGGACAAUUCCAUUAGAAUGUUGGGAUGCAGAGGAGCAAGUUGGAUUAUGGUUGGAUGCUAUUGCACUUGGAGAAUAUAAAAGUGCCUUUAUUCGACAUGAUAUUCGAGGCACAGAACUUAAACAUUUGGAACGACGAGAUCUUAAAGAACUUGGAAUUAUGAAAGUGGGUCAUAUUAGAAGAAUUUUAAAUGCAGCAAAAGAGAUACCAAAAUAUAUUGAAAAGUCAACAUAA